CCGGGUUCAGAAAUUCGUAGUUUCGAAAGAUACAGUUGUCUUUUUGUUUGCGUUGAGUCUUGACGGUUGCAACCAGAAUUUAUAUUUGAAAAUUAAAUGUAAAAGACUCAACGGCUGCUAAAAGGUCAUCGUAGGCCUUGUAGUCUGGUUACGUGAAUGAUUUUAAUGAAUUGAAUCGAGGAUUUUUCUAAGAAGAUUGACUAUCCUGUCAAAAGAUAUUCUCAUAUACCUUCGUUUUGUAAGGUCUGAAAUAUGGAACAAGAUACAGAAUAUAUUAAACUACCAUUAGAAGAACGAUGUGUACAUAAGUUGUGGAGAGCCCGUUUGCAUGGGUAUAAAGAAUGUGUCAACACAUUUCAAUGUAUUGACGAUGAAAAAUCUCCUGAGUGGAACAAGUUUUUGGGAUUUAUUAAAAAGUUUGUAUUAGAUAGUAAUGCUGUUGCACAAGAAAAAGGAUUAGAAGCAGCAUUAGCUUUCCUUGAAAAUGCUGCUGUGGCAGGAAAAACUGUUGGUGAAGUUAUGAAUGGAAUAGUGACAAAAUGUAUUGCUGCACCUAAAACUAAAACAAAGGAUUUAGCAGUGCAAAUAACAUUGAUGUAUAUAGAAAUUGAAAAACAUGAGGCUGUUCAAGAAGAGUUAUUGAAAGGAACAGAAGCAAAAAAUCCAAAAAUUGUUGCUGCAUGUAUUUCAACUUUAACAUUGGCUUUGAGGCAAUUUGGCCCGAAAGUAAUUAAUAUAAAACCUUUAAUAAAAAAGAUUCCUGGUUUUCUUGAGGAUAGGGAUAAAAUCGUUAGAGACGAGGGCAAAGUUAUGGUUGUUGAAAUAUACAGAUGGAUAGGUACUCCUUUGAAACAACAAUUGAAUACAUUGAAACCAGUACAACUUACAGAAUUGGAAACGGAGUUUAAUAACUUAAAACAGGAAAAAGUGGUACCAAUACGUUUUCUGAAAUCUCAAAAACCCAAAGUAACAAAUAUUGUAGAUUCUACAAGUGAUAAUGGUGAAGAAUGCCAAGAUGAUGGUGAUGGAGGUUCUAUUCCUGAACUUGAUCCCUAUGAAUUGUUAGAGCCCGUUGAUAUACUUUCAAAACUUCCAAAAGAUUUUCACGAAAAAAUUGAGGCUAAAAAGUGGCAAGAACGAAAGGAAGCUUUAGAAGCUUUAGAAGUUCUUGUAAAGAAUCCUAAAUUGGCAAAUGGUGAUUAUGGAGAUGUAGUAAGGGCUUUGAAAAAGGUAAUUUCCAAAGAUACCAAUGUAUUAGUGGUUACACUCGCGGGAAAAUGUCUAGCAGGGCUAGCAACUGGCCUCAAGAAACGAUUUCAAUCUUACGCAACGGCAUGCCUUUCAUCAAUUUUAGAAAAGUUCCGUGAAAAGAAACAAACUGUUGUACAAGCGCUUAGAGAAGCUGCUGAUGCAAUUUUCCUUAGCGUUUCCAUUGAUGUUAUAUUAGAAGACUCAGUUGCUGCAUUGGAAAACAAAAAUCCCGCAGUAAAAGCAGAAACAGCAGCUUAUUUAGCAAGGUGCUUUUCACGUACACCACCACCAAGCUUAAAUAAAAAAUUAUUGAAAGCUUAUACUACUAUACUUUUGAAAACUUUAAAUGAACCAGAUCCAACUGUUAGAGACUGUUCUGCAGAUGCUCUUGGCACAGCAAUGAAACUAAUCGGUGAAAAAUCGAUGAUGCCAUUCCUUACAGAUCUUGACAACUUAAAAAUGACAAAAAUAAAAGAAUGUGCAGAAAAAGCGGUAAUACAUGUAAAAAUACCUAGUACUUCAAAAGCAGCUGCAGAAAGACCAAAUACAGCUCCAAGUAAAAUUGAAUCAGCAGCAAAGUCUAAAGAAUCAGAAUUUAAAGUUCCAAAAAGACCUAAUACUAGUAAUGCUAAGAAAACUUCAGCUAAGAAGCCAUCUUCUUCAUCUUUAACCAACUUGGCUGGUUCAAAGAAAGCAUCUGCACCAAAACUUCAAGUAGAAAAGAAUUAUAGUGCCGAAGAAAUAGAUGAAAUGGCUAUGCAAUUAUUACCAGGUGACAUCCUCUCAGGUCUUGUAGAUAGUAACUGGAAGACACGUUUAACUGCAGUUGAACAACUCAUGGAGUUUGUAAAACAAACUGAUCCAACAGAAGUUCCUACCCAAGUUAUUGUGCGAACCCUAGCAAAGAAACCGGGAUUUAAAGAUACGAAUUUUCAAGUUCUCAAGUUGCGAUUAGAAAUAGUAAAAUAUUUGGCAGAAAAUUUCCCAUUCUCUACUACUGUUUGUGAAUAUUGUAUCAUGGACAUAACAGAAAAACUAGGAGAUGCAAAAAAUAGCGCAGUUGCUGGAGAAACAUUGUUAGCAAUAGCAGAAGCAACGAGCUUUGAAUAUGUGGCAGAUGAAAUAGUAGCGUUUGCCUUUAAUCAAAAGAAUCCCAAAGUUCAGCAAGAAACAUUAUCAGUGUUGAGUAGGGGUCUUACUGAAUUUGGUUGUGUCGUCAAUGUUAAAUCUUUAAUGGAAAAUAUUAAGAAAGCAGUAGCGGUAACAAAUCCUGGUGUUCGUACCUCAGCUAUUACAUUGUUAGGUACAUUAUAUUUAUUUAUGGGUAGACCAUUGCUUACAUUUUUUGAAAAUGAAAAACCUGCUUUGCGUCAACAAAUCGAACAAGAAUGUGAAAAGCAUAAUGGUGAAACUCCACCAGUACCGUUCCGUGGAGUAAAAAAUAAAAAGGAUAAAGCAAACGACGACGACGACGAUGUAGAAGUGGAGAAAAAAUCCAGUAGCAAUAGUGAAAUUGAUAUUAAUAACCUUAUUCCUCGUAUUGAUAUUAGUAACCAAAUUACAGAGAGCCUUCUUAACGAGUUAGCAGAUAAAAAUUGGAAGGUACGAAAUGAGGGUUUACAAAAAAUAAACACCAUCAUUUCUGAUGCGAAAUUUAUAAAAGGAUCUAUCGGUGAUUUACCACAAAGUUUAGCGUUACGAUUGGUUGAUAGUAAUAGUAAAAUAGCUCAGUCGACUUUGGGCAUAUGUCAAGCAUUAGCUAUAGCAAUGGGUCCACCAGCAAAACAACAUAUUCGAGUUCUAUUUCCUGGUUUUAUACAAUGUUUGGGUGAUAGUAAAAAUUGGAUCAGAACAGCAGCAAUAUCAUGUAUAAACACAUGGGGAGAUCAAUGUGGUUAUAAAGAAUUUUUUGAUGGAGAAAUGAUAGGAGAUGUAUUAAAAUCCGGCUCACCGAUACUUAGAGCAGAAGUUUGGAAUUGGUUAGCACAAAAACUACCGUUGAUUCCUGUUAAACAAGUACCAAAAGAGGAACUUCUCGUAUGUCUUCCACAUUUGUAUAGUAAUUUAGAGGAUCGUAAUUCUGAUGUUCGAAAGUACGCUCAAGAAGCAGUUUUAGGAUUCAUGAUUCAUCUUUCCUAUGAAUUGAUGGCUAGAAACACAGAAAAGCUAAAACCUGGUUCAAGAACAGUAGUACUUACUGCAUUAGAUAAAUCUCGACCGAAUCUACCUAUUAAACCUUUACCAAAAAAACCACCACCGGAAGAAAGCAAUCAAAAAGUUGUCAAGAGUGCCGGAGCUAUGAAAGCCUCAAAAGCAGUAGUAAAGCCUAAACAAAAUCAAGCUGCUUCAAAACCUGGAAGUGCACGUAAAAAGGAUGAUGAUGUGGAUACAAGUCCUCUACUAGCUAUUAAUAAUCUGAAACACCAAAGAGUAAUUGAUGAACAGAAAUUAAAGGUGCUAAAAUGGAACUUCACCACGCCUAGAGAAGAAUUUGUUGAACUUCUAAAGGAACUUAUGACUGCUGCAAAUGUGAACAAAACUUUACUGGCAAACAUGUUUCAUUCAGAUUUUCGAUAUCACCUUAAAGCUAUCGAGGCAUUAACCGAGGAUCUGCCUGAUAACAGUAAAGCAUUGGUAUCUAAUUUGGAUCUUAUUCUUAAGUGGUUGACAUUACGAUUCUUUGAUACCAAUCCUUCAGUAUUACUAAAAGGUUUAGAAUACUUGCGAAUGGUAUUUAAUUUAUUAAUUGAAGAUCAGUAUCAUAUGUUGGAGAACGAAGCGGCAUCGUUUAUUCCAUAUCUUAUUAUUAAAAUUGGUGAUCCAAAAGAUGCAGUACGUAACGGAGUUCGAGCAUUAUUUAAACAAAUAGCACUGGUGUAUCCAGUAAGCAAGCUAUUUUCAUAUGUAAUGGAAGGUUUAAAAUCUAAAAAUGCCCGACAGAGAACAGAAUGUCUAGACCAGUUAGGUUCACUUAUUGAAAAUUAUGGACUAUCUGUAUGCCAGCCUUCUGCAUCUGUAGCUUUAAAAGAAAUAGCAAAGCAAAUAGCAGAUCGUGAUAAUUCUGUUCGAAAUGCUGCAUUAAAUUGCAUUGUCCAAGCAUACUUUCUUCAAGGAGAACGAGUAUACAAACUUAUUGGCCAGAUAUCCGAGAAAGACCAGUCAUUAUUAGAUGAACGUAUUAAAAGGGCUGCUAAAAAUCGUCCAACAAAAUCGGCUUCUGCAAGUAGGCUUUCAGCACCUUCGAAUGCAACCCCUGUUCCUUCUAAUGAAGAUAUUAAAGCAGAAUCUGAAGAAGAAAAUGAAGAAAUACUUGAACCACAACCUACUCCUCCUUCUCAACCACAAAUAAAUGAAUUGCCACAUAAUGAUCCUCCAGUAAAUGUAACAACAGAAAAACCAUCUGAUGAAGAGCAAGUGUCUCCUGAUAGCAAUAAACAACCUUCAGAAAUAGUAGCAGAAAUAAAUGUCUCACCAGCAGAUCAUGAAGAUGAUACUAAAACAAAUUCUCCAACGUCAACUCAACCAAAAGUAUCAGGUCCAUUCGGAUUAGAUAUGGAUUUGUUACAAAGAAUUGAAUUAAAUGCACCUGUGAAAUACAGAAAUCCUGUUCUUUUGGAAGUUAAUCUAAAUGAUUUGAAUGAAUCACCGAAUGCAUUAAAUCCAUCCAAAGUGCCGGUGAUCCCUAUAUCUCCUCCUAAAUUGUUAGUGUCGAAAUCUGCGACAAUGUCUCAGCAACAUAUAACUACAACAAACGCUAGUAAAGAAGACAGUCUUGAACGUAAAAUUCUCGCGAUGGCUAGUUUGGAUUUGGCAGUUGCAAUACAAUCAAUGAACAGUAUAGAUAAUCUUAUAAAGUCCCACCAAAUUCUGAGUUUGCAAUCUAAGGAAGAUAAAUUUAUUGGUUCUAUAAACAUGCAAUUAAAACUUCUACAAACCUAUCCUUUACAACAAGGAGGAGCAGAUAUAUCAAAAGGUUUCAGGAAUACGUUUAUGGUUCUAUUGGCGUUCUAUGAUACCGGAAUUCUUGGCAAAAAUGUUCCAUUAAUACAUUUGAAAGAACUUGUGGAUCAAAUGAUCAGUUUGUUGGCUGAGAACAAAUUGGAUCAUUUACAUCAGGCAGAAGCAUACUAUCGUGUAAUUAACAGUAUCGUUUGCAAAAUAAUAGACAAUUCGAAUCAUACUACUAUUAUAUGUGUUUUAAUAAAAUUACUUCAUGGAUGUGCUGAAUCUACUGCUCCUUCCAAAUACGAAGAAUUGGUUAUGAAAUGUUUAUGGAAAAUAGUAAAAACGAUCCCUAAUUGGGCUGCAGAUUUAGAUUACGAUACCAUUCUUUUAGAAGUACACCGUUUCCUUAAAGAUUAUCCAAGUGUAUGGUGGAAGAAACGCAAAUCUGACACACCAUUGCGAACGAUUAAAACAAUUCUUCAUAGUAUGACUCGCGUGAAAGGUAGCACAAUACUCAGUCACCUAACUCGAAUAAAUAAUACAAAUGAAUCGGAAUUGCAUUCUUAUCUUAUAAGGCUAAUUGCGACCUUUAAACCAGAUGAAAUUAAUAGCAACCCUAAAACAAGUAUAAAACUUAGUAAUACUGGUAAAUCUCAGGAGCAUUUGUCGAAGUUUACUCAUCAACAAUUGUCUGCAAUAUUUAAAAAGAUUGGUUCUAAGGAACAUACACAAGAAGGUUUAAUGCAGUUAUAUGAUUUUAAACUUCAAUAUCCUGAAGCGGAUGUGCAACCUUUCCUAUUAAAAUCUCAUCAGUUUUUCCAAGAUUUUAUUGAACAAGGUUUAAGAGAUAUUGAUCAAGCACGAAAGAAUCAAAAUCUUAUAUCACAAACUAAUAAUCAAUACUCAACAGAAACAGCUGAAUCUGCUGCUUCUGAGGAAAAAAGUCUAAUGGAUCCAUUGAACAGGGUCGAGAAAUUACGAGUAUCUGAAGCACAAUGUAGAACAACAACCAGUCAACCGAGUCCAACAUGAAUCAAUCUGUAUUAACAUUUAUUAGGAUUGCAGUGCUUAAAUAACUGGAUU